CAGUGUGACGGUGCCAGGCGCGGGACGGAGCAAUAGGUUGACGGAGUGCGAGGAGAGUCGGCCCGUACUUAGCUUGGCCUCCAGUGCCUCGCCGACGCCUCCCGCCUCACUCGCAGUGGUUAGCGGCUGACCGACGGCGCGGCCAUUACUGCUCUGCCGUAUUUUACUUUAGAUCCUUCUCCGCGUGUCGUGUGGCUGCGAAGAGUGGUGCGUGCGUUCAUCAGACAAGGGAAAUAGUGAUGGGAAGCUUCGUUCUGUGAUAGAUCGACUGAUUUUUUUGCCACAAGAGAAUGAGUCGAGUGAACCAUUUCUUCCGCCGAAGACAUUCAUGAAGAGAGACCAAAAAUCCUUUUCACGUCUGCGAUACUUUUGUGGUUAUAAACAGCUGCAGUAGUAUUUGUGGUGGUCUUUGUAGUAACAAUUAUUUAGUGGGAUAGCAAUAACUGUAGCAACAACAGCUGCGACAGCAUGAACAGCAGCAAAUAUAACAAGAAAACAAAACAAAUAUUAAUGAAGCCAAGAGCUAAUACGAAAUCAACAUCAGUUUAAGAGGAGCAGAACUUCGUUACCUGUGAAGCCUCGCGUGUUUGUCUUUGUCAGAAAAUGGCGCAGAGCGCCCUCGAGCACCACCCCGAGUAACCACCACCACCACCACCACCACCCCUCCCAGGGGCUUGUUCCUCCUGUGUUGGCUUGCCUGGCGAGAUGAACAGCACCCGCGGGGGCUGCGAGGUCCUCUGGCGGGUGGCUGCCUGGGGCCUCUGCUGCAGCGUCGUGGCGGCCGCCCUUUGCCUCGGCGUCGCCACCGCCUCACGCCCCAACCCUCGACGUCCAGAAGGAGCAGACAACACCCUCUAUCUAGAAGCCCGAAAGAAAACACCUCAUGUUCCCUCUCGAUAUGAAGAGGAUAAUGAGAAUGAAACGAAAACAGCUCACGUCUUGCCGGGGCGUGAAGGGGAACGCUCGCAAAACAGAGCGCUUAAUGAAAAUGAGGAAAGAGACAAGUUUUCAUUCCCCCUGGAUCGCGGUGUUGCCAGAGAGAAAACAAAAGCCCGCGUCCUCUGGCUGGGAAACAAACACGAGGGCUCGAAAAACGGGGAAGUUAGAGAAAAUGGAAACCACUCCGCCGAAACACUAGAAGCUCAGGUUGCGAAGAGGACGAGGAGGUGGUGGAAAAGGAGGAGGAGGAGGAGGAGGAGUAGGAGGGCGGCUUUCAACGCCUCUUUUUCCACUAACGAGGACGACUCGCGAACACGUAUUCCCAGGUCCCGGCAACGUCCACUUGAUGACACGGACUGCUCCUUGAAGUCGUCUUGCUCAGCGCGGAAGGAACAGGAGUUUAACGAGACGCUGGUGAACAUGUUCCCGUGUAUGUGUGACGACCAGUGCCACGUGUACGGCGACUGCUGCCAAGACCACCCCUCCCCCCCGCUGCCGCCCCACGCCCCGCGCCCCGCCUGCAGGCCCCUCACGCCCACAGCCAAGCGGCCCUACGCCCUCCCCAGGACGGUGUUCCUGGUGGAAAGGUGUCCUGUGGGGACAGAGGCGCUGCUGGCGGACAGGUGUGACGGCGACGCUCCCCCCACAUACCUGAUGGACAUUCCGGUCUUCUCCAGAACGUCCGACGUCGGCUACGCCAACAUCUUCUGUGCCAGAUGUCACAACGACACUGACAUCCUCAAGUUUAACAUGUCGAUAUCCUGCAUCGACAGCGUGAAUUCGACCACCGAGGUGGAGAAAAUGACCUACCACGGCGGCGAGCUUCGGUGGUCUUCUCCUGCUGCCUCAGAAGAAACUGGGGAGGAGAAGUAUUGCCUCCUGGAUGUGGCGUUCCCUUCGUCUGUGGGCCGCUGGUGUGAGCCUGAGCUGGUCGACGCCUGUAGAGAGGACUGGCCGGUGCAGGAGCACGUGAGGAGAUGCGCUGCCUACAACUUUUACGUCCAGACGAAGGAUUACGUGUACAAGAACAGAGAUUGCGCCCUCUGCAAUGGCAUUCCUGAAGAUGAGAUUCAUUGCCUCGCUCUUUUCACGCCUGGAACCCGUUUUGGGGCCCAGUCACUGCCGUCCCUGACAGAGCUGUUUGAGGUGCAGGGAGACUGUGAGGACGAUGAGGUAUGGGACGUGCUGUACCGCCGCUGCGAGCACGUCUCCUGCGGAUUCCUCUUCACCCUCGUGGACGGGAAGUGUGUUUGGAGCAACAAGACAAUGCCUGUCAACGGCCAGCCUUACCUCAACGAGUCUUGCUUUGUUAUGGAGUUCAGCCAAAACUUUAGCCUCGUCUUCCCAAACCAGAGUAUAUAUAUCAACGAAACGCAGCACCUCUACCGCUUCGGCGAGUACGAGUUCAACGGGUCGUUGGUCAGAGUGUGUGAUGGGACGGAGGACUGGACGCCGAUCAUGCACGUCAUCUCAUCCGUGCUCAUCCUGAUCUCGCUCGUGUGUUUAAUCCUGCACAUGGCGAUCUUCAUAGCGCUGCCCAAGAGACGCAACAUUCCCAGCAUGAACCUCUUCUCCAUGACCAUCUCGCUCUUCAUGGCAGAGUUUUUGUUCGUGACGUUUUUCCAUCUGAAAAUCAACCACAUCUCGUGCGUUGUCACGGGUGUUCUCAUGUACUACUUCCUUUGUGUCUCGUUCCUCUGGAUGAACGCCAUGAGCAUCGACAUCUUCAGGACAUUUUACUCCAACACUUACCGCACCAAGUCGAGGGCCGUGUUCACCCAGUACUCGCUGUACGCUUGGCUGCUGCCGCUCGUGGCCGUCACGGCGGCCGUCGUGGUGGACCAGGUUUGGCCUGAAUCUCUCAUCGCACCUCACUUCGGCACCGUGAAGUGUUGGCUGAACAACAAGUGGGGACUGGUGGCGUUCUUCACCUUUCCUUCCGGAGUUAUCAUCCUGGCUAACAUGAUUCUCUACAUGGUGUCGGUACACAACAUUUAUACUCAGAUGAAAUCAGGUGAGAUGGCCUCGUCCACCAUACGCAAGAACGGCAGCUUCAAAUCCACCGUGCCGGCUUCAAGGAACGAGAACUCCAUGAAACUUUCAAGUAUGGGCAAGAAAAUCUGCUCCGUGCCGCGUGCGAAACAAAACGGCGAUUCCGACUCCCAUAGAUACAAGGAACGAUUACGAGACAGGCUGAGCCGCGGCCUGUGCUCCCACAAGAAGCAGCGGGUGAGGCUGAUUCUGUACAGCAAACUUGCACUCAUGAUGGGCAUGACGUGGGUAUUCGCCUUCGCCUCCAUCCACACCAAAAGCAUCGUUUUUGAGUACCUCUUCAUUGUUUUCAAUGGCUUACAAGGAACAUUCAUUUUCGUUUCCUUUGACCUCAAGAAAAAGGUGUGGGAGGAGCUGUGCCACAAGUGGAAUCGCCGUGACGAGCAACACAAUGGGAACUCCAGCCGGCACCCCAACACCUUUUCCACCAGCGUCAAGACUCCACCUGACGGCGACUACAAGUAUCGCUGGUCCUCGAGUCGCAGAUUCGAAGGAAGACAAGCGUAUUCUGCAUCUUGCAGCAUAAGCGAGACUCAGCCCCCGCAGAAAGCCGAGAGUGAGGUGUGAGGCUCAUACAGUACUAGACGAGACACACAACGAGGAGCAUGACAGCUGUCCCAACGACUGACUAAAGACGUCGCUGCAGAGUGGAAAGGUUCUGAGGGCGCAGUCCACUCUGGAAGUCUGUUCAGUGCAUCAACUUUCAUCGCUGUUGCAAGAGAGGAAACACCAAAACAAAAGGAAUUAACACAUUCCCUUCGUGUUUCCGGACCAGCAGCAGCAAUGAAGCAAAGUAUCUCGAAACACUGAAGCGCCACAGUGCAUGUAUACUGCAGCGAGGUGCAGGCACAUCCCAUCCAGCAGUGCUUAAGUUACAUCAUUGCCAUGGCACAAUCGAUCCCAAGAGAAGGCUUGUCUGUAAACGCCGACCUAGCCGCCAUUCCAGUCCAUAGUGAACUUGGUUGCCCCAAGAAUUAACUCUCAGGCCUUGCAAGCACGAGCUGCGACGGGUAAAUGAAGGCCGCAGUGGAAACGAUUAAAAGAGGCUGACCCCACGGACUGCUCUGAUGAUGAGACCGCGGGGAUCAAAAAUAAUUCAUUCAAGACAUAUAACUUACAUGGUUAUCACGAAUGAUCUCGAACUGUUUGUUUUCAGAGGGAAAACUCCGGUGGUUGAAAUUACAGCAUAGUAGGGUGCGCGCUCAUCAUAUGCGGAGGAGGGUAAACACUGUAAAUCAAAGGAAGGGAUCUCAGGUUAAGGCGGAGGUGCAGGUGUUUGCUGCACGCCGAUUCAGUGUUUGGAGUCGAUCUGUUGAUUGAUUUGGGAGUUUGGGAAGAAGCAACACCACCGAUGUUUUAUAACGUAUCAAAACCACAUCCACAUUAUAUAUAGCCUUGUGAAGCACUAAACUGACCACUGCUAUAUUUUUUCUGAAAUUCUACGCAAUGAAAUUUUAAGGAGAAUCAUUUAACAGUUUAUGGCGCUUCUGAGUUUCAUUUUUCUUGUAGUGAAAGCUUAAGUGACUAUACCCUUUAUUCACCCUUAAUUCCUUUGAAUAUAAAUGAACAUGACUGAGAUGCUCUACUUAGAUCAUUGAAUAGCAUCACUUUGGUUAAGACAACAGAACGUGACUACCGCCGCCAUCCCUGCCCCCCCCCCCUCCACCCCCACCCCGCCGCCCUGGAUACGGUCACAGUGUUUACCAAGGAACUCCACACCCCUGCCCUGCUUCAACCAGGAUGCCGCUGCCUCCCACGGCUCUUGAAACACACGGAAGGAAGAUUAAUGGUUGCAUGGGAGAUAAGGAUAACGAGAUGGAGAAAGAGGAGGAGAAGAAAAAAGAUAGAGUGCAGGAGUUUGUGGUGGAGAAGUCCAGGAAGAAGAUAAAGAAGACCAUUGAUAAGUCACUUCGAUGUUCGGUACCGAUACGACAGUUCUUUUUAUUUACCAUUAUUGUCCAAGAAAUUCGAUGUAUAUCCAGUUUCAUUUUCACAUUGCACUCAUUUUCAAUCAUCUCAUUAUUAUAUUCACGUGUAGCUUAUGCUCUCUGUGUCCAUCCCUCUGUGGGUAAUGACUGAAGUAUGGAUCAUGUACAAAUAUCAAAGUAAACCGUGCACCUCAUGUGAAGGAAAUGUUGUGAAGUCAAUGUUUUGUCAUGUAAAAUCAAUGUACUGUCACGUUAAGCUGAAUCUUCGUCUGUAUACGUCCUAUAAAUGUGAACGAAUCCAUCAAAUCUCGAUACAGGGUCCUCUAACCCAAGUUUUAUGCAUGUAUGGUGUGCGACUCUUCGUCAUAUAGUUAAAUCUUCCGGCACCCAACCACAUACAUUUAACAAGGCUUUCGUAUAGGAUUUGUGGGCAUUCUCAUGGGUAGUUUUAUGACCCCGGUGGUAGUUUGACAACGUUUCUGCACCAUGAACGUAAAGAAACACUCAUGGGGACGCUCUUAACCUCUUAUUUGGCCUCUGGAAAUGAUUGAUGUAAGAAUAUUUGGCCUGAUGUAAGAGUAUUUGGCCUGAUGUAAGAGUAUUUGGCCUGAUUGAUGUAAGAGUAUUUGGCCUGAUGUAAGAGUAUUUGGCCUGAUGUAAGAGUAUUUGGCCUGAUGUAAGAGUAUUUGGCCUGAUGUAAGAGUAUUUGGCCUGAUUGAUGUAAGAGUAUUUGGCCUCUAGAAAUGAUUGAUGUAAGGGAAGAAAAAGCGUCUCAAAAUACCAACUUACAUAUUGACUGACCAGCAUUCACUUCACUAUAUCAAAAUCGAGAACAACUAACUCGCUGUGAUUUGACAGAUGCAUAAGAAGCUACCGACCUACAUAUUCGCUGACAAGCAUUCCCUUUACCACCCAAAUCGAGGACAACGACUUCGAUUUGAUUAUUGAAGUAGGUACAUACGAAGCUAUACGUCACAUUUGCGUCACAUUAUCGGGAAGGAGCACUCUUGAGGGGCCAUUAUCGCGCUUCGAGUUCUGUGGGAAAUCACUUAUCUACAUAUUCUUCCUCAUGUCCUUCACGUUUUGUUCGCCUGUGUCAUCGUCACAUCAACUUGCACUCAGGACCAGAUUGAUUAGAUAGAUAAUAGCGAGUUAUUGCGUAGGGCGGGAAUGUUCUUUGUCUGUUUGGGUGUAGGUGAAAGCCUAUAGCACACACACACACACACACACACACACACACACACACAGUAGCUGCCUCACUUCCAAAACAGACAGAUAAAUAGAUAGGUUUAGAUAGAUAGAUAGAUGGACAUUCACAUCACACUGUCUAGCCUAUAUUUCGUGUAUCACCAGACAUGUAUCUCCUUCAAUCACCGUAUAUAAUAAAUAAAUAACUCUCUCUCUCUCUCUCUCUCUCUCUCUCUCUCUCUCUCUCUCUCUCAUUA